UGGGUUGAACCGACCGCGUUCGACUACACUGCCAUGGCUCAGGCCCAGGCAGCCUCCACCUGGGACGGCAACGCUCGCAUUUACCAGUGGAGCGAUGAAUUUGGAGAUGUCGGCCCAGCUUUUGAGGAGCUUGAAGUGGAACUUUUUGGUUCCGCUGAAGAUCGCAGCAAGCACGUUGGUGGCGGUCUCGAUUUCUCAGCAAUCGAGAGCAUCGACGUUGUCCAGGAAGGCCCUCAGCGCAUCGAGUAUAUCAAGACGUUUGCCGAUGCAGGAAUUCAUCCUGUCAUGAUGAAAAAUGUCGAGCUGUCGGGAUACCAAGUCCCGACUCCCAUCCAAAAAUUCACGAUCCCAGCCAUCUUGCAGGGUUACGAUGUGAUUGGCAUUGCGCAAACUGGUUCUGGCAAGACCGCUGCCUAUCUCAUUCCAAUUCUCAGCAAGCUCAUGGGCAAAGCAAAGAAACUUGGAGCAUAUCGUCCCAACCCUCUCACUUUUCAAGAUGGUGUUGACAAUGUGACCGCGGAGCCCCUUGUUGUUAUUGUCGUGCCUACUCGCGAGUUGGCCGUGCAAAUCUUCAAUGAGGCCAGAAAGCUCUGCUAUCGGUCCAUGCUCCGACCUUGCGUCGUGUAUGGAGGAACUCCAGUCCGUGAACAGCUCAGCCUCCUCUCCCGAGGCUGUGACAUCUUGAUUGGAACUCCUGGCCGUCUCAAAGACUUCAUCGGACGCCCAGACAAGCUGACUCUCCGCCGAGUCAAGUACAUGGUCAUCGAUGAAGCUGACGAGAUGCUCAACCAGGACUGGGAGACAGAGCUUCGGGCUAUUCUCUCUGGUGGAGAACAAGAUGAGGGCAACGUCAAGUAUGGUCUCUUUUCUGCCACCUUCCCCCGUGCCGCUCGCGCUCUCGCCAGGGAAUACCUAUCGGCCUCUCAUGUGCGCUUCCGCGUUGGUCGAGCCGGAAGCACCACUGAGAACAUCAAGCAGAUAGUGAUUGAGACCAGCCGCGAGAAGAAGAAUGAGCUUCUCCUCAAUCUGCUUGAAGAGAUGAACAGCGUACGAACCAUCAUCUUUGUCAACAGCCGUCAAGCUGCUGAUACCCUCGAUGACUUUUUGUACAACAUGAAGCUUCCGGUGACAUCUAUUCACAGUGACCGCACUCAGGUGGAGAGAGAAGCCGCCAUGCGAGCAUUCCGAAGCGGCCAAGCCCCCAUCCUUGUUGCGACUGGAGUCACAGCUCGUGGUAUUGAUGUGCGAAACGUCAUGCAUGUUAUAAACUACGACAUGCCUUCGAUGGACCAUGGUGGCAUCGAGGAGUAUACUCACCGAAUUGGUCGGACUGGUCGCAUUGGUCAUCGUGGAGUUGCGACUUCCUUUUAUACGGAUCGUGAUGAAGCUAUCGCGAGUGUUCUGACUCGGACUUUGCUGGAAACCAGCCAGGAGAUUCCGGAUUUUUUGCGAUCGUACAUCCCGGAGAACUACACGGAUGGCAUCAAGGUCAAGUUCGAGACCGAGUCUGACUUUGACCCCAAUGACGUCGCCGGUGCCGGCGAUGCUGAGGGAGGAGGUUGGGGCGCUGGCGAUGGCGAUGGUACCAACGCGGAUUCAGGCGGCGGAGGAUGGGGCAAUGGUGCUGGAGCCGAGGAAACCGGAGGUUCUGGGGGCGCCUGGGGAGCGGGAUCUCAAGGCGCAACUGACAAUAACUCCGGAGGCACUUGGGGUGCAGAAGCACCCGCUCCAACCAGCGCGUGGUAA